CGGCCGCCGCCGCCGCCAUCUUGGCCGCGCUGAGGGGAAGCGGCCCCGGAGCGGAGCCGGCCCCGACCGGGGCCACGGAUGAGCUCGCCAUUCCCACGGGAUCAUGGCAGGGCCCGUUCCGAGCCGGGCCCGGGUCUAUGCCGACGUCAACACGCAGCGGCCCCGCGAGUACUGGGACUACGAAGCCCACGUCGUGGAGUGGGGGAACCAGGAUGACUUCCAGCUGGUGCGGAAGCUGGGCCGGGGCAAGUACAGCGAGGUCUUUGAGGCCAUCAACAUCACGAGCAACGAGAAGGUGGUGGUGAAGAUCCUCAAGCCCGUCAAGAAGAAGAAGAUCAAACGGGAGAUCAAGAUCCUGGAGAACCUCCGCGGCGGCCCCAACAUCAUCAACCUCUUGGACAUCGUCAAGGACCCCGUGUCCCGGACGCCCGCCCUGGUCUUCGAGCACGUCAACAACACCGACUUCAAGCAGCUCUAUCAGACCCUCUCGGACUUCGACAUCCGCUUCUACAUGUACGAGAUCCUCAAGGCCCUGGAUUACUGCCACAGCAUGGGCGUGAUGCACCGCGACGUCAAGCCCCACAACGUGAUGAUCGACCACGAGCACAGGAAGCUCCGGCUCAUUGACUGGGGCCUGGCUGAGUUCUACCACCCAGGCCAGGAGUACAACGUCCGCGUGGCCUCGCGCUACUUCAAGGGCCCGGAGCUGCUCGUGGAUUACCAGAUGUACGACUACAGCCUGGACAUGUGGAGCCUGGGCUGCAUGCUGGCCAGCAUGGUCUUCAGGAAGGAGCCCUUCUUCCACGGCCACGACAACUACGACCAGCUCGUGCGCAUCGCCAAGGUGCUGGGCACUGAGGAGCUCUAUGACUACAUCGACAAGUACAGCAUCGAGCUGGACCCGCGCUUCAACGACAUCCUGGGCAGACAUUCCCGGAAGCGUUGGGAACGUUUCGUGCACAGCGAGAACCAGCACCUGGUGAGCGCCGAGGCGCUGGACUUCCUGGACCAGCUCCUGCGCUACGACCACCAGAGCCGGCUGACGGCGCGCGACGCCAUGGAGCACCCCUACUUCUGUACGUGGGGCUGCCCCAUAGCCCGCACCCUGACCCACAACCCCAUCGCCAAGGACCCCACCCGGGGCAGCGCCGGGCGCCGGGCCCGCCCCAGCACCGCCCCCGCCCCCUCCUCGUCCUCCUCCUCCUCGGGGCUUCUGGGAGGGAGCAGCCCCAUGGCCCCGGCCGCCAACGCCCCCCCGCCCCCCACCGCGGGCUCCCCCCUGCCCGCAGCCGGGGCCCAGCCUUGA